CUCAUUGGCCGGAGCUGGGCCAUGCUGUUUGCCAGUGGGGGCUUCACGGUGAGACUCUAUGAUGUGGAACAGCAGCAGAUCGCAGGCGCCCUGGAGAGCAUCAGAAAGGAGAUGAUGGCCCUGGAGCAGGUCGGCGCCCUGAAGGGCCCCCUGAGUGUGGAGGGACAGCUGUCACUCAUUAGCGGCUGCCCUGACCUCCAGGCAGCAGCAGAGGGCGCCAUGCACAUCCAGGAGUGUGUUCCGGAAAGUCUGGAGCUGAAGAAGAAGGUCUUUGCGCAGCUGGAUGGUAUCGUGGGCGACGGGACCGUCCUGAGCAGCUCCAGUUCCUGCCUCCUGCCCUCCCACGUGUUCGCCGGCCUGGCGCAUGUGAAGCAGUGCAUUGUGGCGCACCCGGUGAACCCACCGUACUACGUCCCGCUGGUCGAGCUGGUCCCCCACCCAGAGACGGCCCCCGAGACGGUGGACAGGACCCACGCCCUGAUGCGCAGGAUCGGACAGUGUCCGGUGCGCAUCCUGAAGGAGGUGGACGGUUUCUGUUUAUCUUUCUUGGAGCGUGCGUUGGCAGGUGAGGCCUGGAGGCCUCUGCAGGACGGAAUCCUAUCCCCUGGCGAUGUGGACCUCGUCAUGUCGGAAGGGCUGGGCAUGCGGUAUGCAUUCAUCGGGCCCCUGGAGACGAUGCAUCUCAAUGCGGAAGGUAUGCUGAGCUACUGCGACAGGUACGGUGAGAGUAUGAGGCGUGUCCUGAAGACGUUCGGACCUGUUCCAGAGUUUUCCAGAGCCACCGCUGAGAAGGUGAACCAGGCCAUGCGCGAGAAGGUUCCUGAUGACCCGGAGCACCUAGCGGCCCGCCGUCGGUGGAGGGAUGGGUGCCUCAUGAGGCUGGCCGCACUGAAGGCCCAGAUGCCACCCCAGUGAGACCCACCGAGGCUCACCUGGCUGAUCGCCACCAGAUUCACGGAUCCAAGCCCGCUGAGGGCUGUGGCGUCCCUCUUCCCUGCCCAGGGCUGUGGUGUCCCGCUUCGUGGCACUGUACGAGCCCUGCCCUUCUCGCCCCACGACCAACUGUGCUCACAACAGGGAGUCCACGCCAGUUGGUGGCCAGGCUUGUGCCAGAGUCCCAGCCUCUUCUCAAGCCUGACCCUGGCGUAAGGCAGCACCACCAUUGUCUAAAGAGGUCUCUGAAUAAAGCUGUUGGUUCCAUAAAGA